AAGUGGCGGUGAUCAUUUAGAUUUGAUGAGAAGUAAUGCCUUUAUAAAUUGUGAGGGAAUUAUGGUAUUGGUAGAGCUUAUGCUCUCUUGAACAUAAUAACUACCGUGUGUGCGAUACCAAUGGACGCCGAUGAAGCAAAUUUUCCCGAAACAGAACAACAGGAAAAUGAGUCGAACUCAAAAGCAGCAAUAACAGACUGGGACAAAAUAGACGAGGAUGAAGACGAAGAAGAAUCUGGAGGCCAAUCGAAACGAUAUGAGAAGGUCCAAUUCUUGGGCGAAGGUCAAUAUGCCACAGUUUGGAAAGCAAAAGAUGUGCAGAACAAUAACCGGAUUGUAGCAGUUAAAAAGAUAAACCAGGGAACGAAAGAUGAAAUUAGAGACGGCAUCAAUCGAACUGCAAUCAGAGAGAUUAAGUUCAUGAGAGAGUUGAAUCACGAGAAUAUUCUAGGGCUGUUGGACGUCUAUGGAGGAAAGUAUAAUAUGAAUUUGGUUUUUGAGUUCAUGGAAACUGAUCUAGAACAUAUCAUUCGAGAACAGGAUAUCAUAAUCACAUUUCCCAAUAUCAAGCGAUAUCUCAUCAUGAUUCUCCAUGGGUUGGAGUAUUUGCACACAAGAUGGCUGCUGCAUCGUGAUCUGAAGCCCAACAACCUGCUGAUUGACCCCAAUGGGGUUCUGAAGUUGGCUGAUUUUGGACUGGCGAGGUUCUUCGGCAGUCCCUCGAAGCAGCUGACGUCAGAAGUAGUGACUCGUUGGUAUCGUGCUCCUGAGUUGUUAUGGGGAGCAAAGCAGUACGGAACAGGGGUAGACAUGUGGGCUGUCGGCUGCAUCCUAGCUGAACUGGUCAUGCGAGACCCCAUCUUCCCAGGAGACUCCGACUUGGACCAACUCAGCAAAAUAUUCUCCCUCAUGGGAACUCCUACUCAGGAGUCAUGGCCCAAUCAUGACAAACUGAGGACAUACAUGCAAUUCAAAUUCAUUCCAAAGACACCUCUGUGUAAUUGGCAUCGUUUCGAUUCAGCGCCUGAAGAUUUGCUAGAAGUGGCGGAAAAGAUGCUAGCGCUGGAUCCGCUGCAACGAGUGGCCACAAAACAAGCUUUAAACAUGUCCUUUUUCAGUAAUGAUCCUCCGCCUACAGCUUGUCGUAAACUUCCUAAAAAGCCGACAGUGGGACAAAAGAGGAAAAAGUUCAUUGAAGAGCAUAGUUCUGUGGCCAAAAAGCUCCUUUUCAAUUAGAAUGGAAACACACAGCUUUGAUGUGAUUGAAAUUUUGUUGAUAUUGUUUGAACUGAAGUUAAUUGUUUGUAAAUGA